GCUAUUUUAAGUCGUUCAACAACGACAACGAAUUUCCAUAAUGUUGAACUGUCUGCUGGAACUCUGAAUAUGCCUGAUCACACGCCCCUUUCAGCUGUUCUGACUUUUGUGGGUGCAGCUUUGAGGGACACGUUUCCUCCUGUGUCUCUCUCAAUUAUUCCUAAAUUUUUUUGGGAUUCCAAAGAGCACCCAAAGGUAUUUUUAGACAAAGCUUUGGACAUCUGGAGACGACAAACUGGAGUUCAUCCAACUCAGCCCACAUUAAUGAGGGAACAUUUCCGCCAAGCUGUUUUGAAUGGUGUCCCUCCUUCUGUCGCUGCUCAAAUGAGAAAAAACCCGGAGUUGAAAUCUUGUGACCAUGCAAAAUGGGAGUUGCAUUUGUUGCAUAAUUUACAGAUUUCUCAGGAUGAGGAGAGAGAGGCGGAGAAGGAGCAGGAAGAUUUUAAGAAACAAUUACUGAAGCUUCAAUUAGGUGAAGCUAGACAGAAACUUCAUCUUGCGAAACAGGAACAGAGGGAGGCUAAAGCUAUGUUAACAACAGCUGCUCCAUCAAUUCCUGUUCCGGGUCAGGUCCCUGUUGCAGUGGCACAACCUGGUCCGCACAUGUAUGUAGCUCCACGCUGGCAGUCUGGUGUUCAGGGGUGGCGUGGGGGAAGAGGGAGAGCCCCCGCAUGGUCGGGUGUGCGGGGAAGGGGUGCACGAGGCUGGAGAAGCAGAGACAGGUGUUUUUAUUGUGGAGAGGAGGGCCACUGGGUUCGGCAGUGUCCUCAUUACACACCAGCUGCUGCACAAGAUGGUGCGUCGCCGAACCUGACACAACAACAACCUCCAAAUGCUGCAUUACUUCCACAAUAUCCUGGACAGUACUUUCAGGCUGGAGAAUAUUGACACACCCCGGAGAAGAACCUCAAUCGGGGAGUUUUGGCAGAUCCCCUGAUUGAUGUGACAGUCGAUGGACAAACAUUGCCAUUUUUGGUGGAUACAGGAGCAACAUAUUCUACCAUGAAUAUUGUUAUGCCGUUGCAAAAACUUUCUGAUCGGACAAUAUCAGUGGUUGGUUUUUCUGGGGUGAAACAAACUCUGCCUAUCUCCACACCUCUGCACACAAUUGUGGGCAGACAAAGAGUGACACAUCCUUUUGUGUGUUCCCCUUCAUCUCCCGUGAAUUUAUUAGGGAGAGAUUUGUUGAUUGCUUUGGGGGCGACUAUUUUGUGUGGAUCUGAUGGGCUACAUGUCACUUUUCCUGAUGGAUCUUCCCAUGCCUGUACUGAAGUAUAUACACAUGGACAAUUUUUGCUCCAACAAUCCGAGGAGCACCUGGCUGACAUAUACUGGGGUCUUUUACAGCCAGAGAUGACUGACCAUGCUGGGAUCCUGUCCUGUUUUCUGCUUUGGAAACCCUGGAUCCAAGCGCUUGCACCGUAUGGGUCAACUCCUGAUUUCCCUCAUGUCACUUUGUUUUAUGACCGAGACCAGACUGAAUGGUUCCAGGAGCAGUUUGAGGCGAAUUUAGCCGGUAAAGAUUGGACUGUGUUUUCACAGGACAUUUAUGUGGCACCAGAGGGUGUUGCUGCUGCAGUCAAUCUGACUCAGGAUCAGUUGUUCUGGUAUAGGAUGCAUGAUGAAGCAGUUCCACAUAUUUCUUUGGCUCUCCAUCCUGAACAUCAGGCCAUGGAGUUGGGGGGCGUGGUAAAACGCUCCCUUACAGUUUCAGACUGGCAGACUACUCUUGCUCCUGACCUCUCUUUCUCUCCUUCUACAAACACAUACAAAAUAAAGUGUUCAGCUGUGGACUCUGUGGUUUUGGAACAUCUUCAACUUCCUAGGCACCAUGGCAGGGAGUUGACUGAUCAUCCAACUGCAGCUGCUAUGUUGGCUUCUCUGCCUGAAUGUCUGUGGGCAACGGGUCCUACGGAUGUGGGGCUUGUGGAUGUCACACCUGUCACUUUUGAUUUGCGACCGGGCCCUCCUAUUUGGAGGUCUCAGUAUCCUCAUAAGCAGGCGGCAGAAGAGGGACUAGCGGAAACUAUUGGGGGUCUUCUGGAAGCUGGUGUGUUGGAAUCUUCCACCUCUUCCUGGAACACUCCUAUUUUACCAGUCGAAAAGAAAGGGACGGGUAAAUACCGCAUGGCACAUGAUCUUCGGACAAUUAAUUCCGUUUUAUUGACCCCUACGGUGCCAGUUCCUAAUCCGCAUGUUGCAUUAACUAACCUAGAUCCUUCUCAGACUUGGUUCUCCUGUGUGGACCUUGCUAACGCUUUCUUUUGUCUCCCAUUGGCUGAGGACUGUAGGGAUGUGUUUUCUUUCACCUACAAGGGUCAGCAGCUGAGAUAUACACGUCUGCCUCAGGGUUUUGCUCUCUCACCAGGGCUUUUUAAUCAGGUUCUGAAACAGCAGUUAGCGGACUGUUUGUUACCAGAAGGUGUGACCCUGAUUCAGUAUGUUGAUGAUCUCAUGCUGGCAGCACAGACGUUGGAGUCUUGUAUUGAGGGCACGCGACGUUUGUUGUCACACCUAGCAGACAGGGGUUUUAAAGUGAGCAGAUCUAAGCUGCAAAUUGCUAGGAAGCAAGUUUCCUUUUUGGGGCGGAUUAUCACUGGGACAGGCACUUAGAUGUCUGCCAGUCAUAAAUCUGCGAUUCUCAAUCACCCCAAACCCCGUACGGUGAAGGAUAUGUUGUCUUUUCUUGGAUUGACUGGAUAUAGUAGGAACUAUGUUCCUAACUAUACAGAACUGACGGAUCCCUUACGGGCGUUAGUCAGAGAGCAUGGGAUUCGUAAGCUUACCCAUGCUCUGACUUGGAAUACGGAGGCAGAAGAUGCUUUUAUUUCUCUGAAACAACAGUUGGCUGCUGCAGCGCAGUUGGCUAUUCCGGACUAUUCCUUACAAUUCUAUUUGGAUGUUUCUGUAACAGAACUGACAGUGAAUGCCGUUCUGUUUCAGAAAAAAGGGGGUGAGAGGAAAAUUCUCCAAUAUGUUAGCGCAAUGUUAGAUCCUAUGGAGAAAAGACAUCCGGCGUGUACAAGACAUGCGGCAGGUGUAGGAAAAAUGAUACAAAAAGUAGCACACAUUGUGAUGGGUCACCCAUUACAGGUUAUGACAUCACACAGUGUGGUAGCAUAUGUGAAUUCACAACACUUCACAUUGACAACAUUGAGACAACAAAAAUUGAGCAAAAUUCUGGAAUCACCUAAUAUAACUUUUGUACAUAACGGAGUGAAUAUGGCUGACAGGAUGCAGGAAGGAGAGCCGCAUAACUGUGAGGAGUUAGUACAAAGGGAAGAAAAAAUAAGACCUGACCUACAAGCUUCUCCUUUGGAAGGUGAAGAUGUGAGAAAUUUUUAUACAGAUGGCUGCUGUUUUAAACAUGAUACAGACGGAUUGAGGGCAGCGUAUGCUAUAGUCGAAGAUUUGGGCAGCGAGCUUCACGUUUUGAGAGCAGAAAGACUGCAGGGUGCCCAAUCGGCACAGAGAGCAGAACUCAAAGCAAUGAUUGAAGCACUGAAAUUAGCUGAGGGAAUGAGGGUGAAUCUAUAUAGUGAUUCAGCCUACGUAGCUAGUGCCGUCCAUGUGGAACUUCCUCAGUGGCUCAGAGCAGGAUUUAUAACUGCAGCACAAAAACCCAUAAAACAUGAAACUGAAAUGAAAGAAUUGGCGGAGGCAUUGCUGUUGCCUCAAUCUGUUGCUGUGAUUAAAUGCAAGGGACAUGAUCAAAGCAAGACCAGAGUUGCAGCAGGAAAUGCGGCCGCGGAUGAGGCAGCCAAAAGGGCAGCGGGAUACCUGCCAUCUCUUUUGAUGGUAAGUACUGAAAUGGAGCAGAUGGAACAGAAUAACCUGGAGAAAAUUAUUUUUCACCAGAAAGGCGUGUCACCUGAAGAACUAUCUGUCUGGAAAGCAAGAGGUGCCAUCUGCAAUGAGGGACUCUGGCGGGGACCGAAUGGUAAAGUAAUUCUCCCUCCAAAUAUGAGAUUCCAGGUUUUCCAGGAAGCUCAUGGACUCGGACAUGUAGGUAUUACACAGAUGUUAAAAAACCUGGAGCAUUGGUGGCAUCCAUUUUUGAGGGACAUGGUCAAGGAUCAUGUGAAAACAUGUGAAAUUUGUGGACAACACAAUGCAAAACCAACUGUCAGACCACCAGUGGGACAUUUCCCUUGGACUACACAACCGGGUAAGGAAAUUAUUAUUGAUUUUACAGACAUGAUAACACCCGUUAGAGGAUACAGGUAUGUAUUAAUGUGUGUGGAUGCAUAUUCGAGCUGGCCAGAGGCGUGGCCAGCUAAAAAAGAGGACAGCAAAACUGUCAUAAAGUGUCUGAUCAAUUAUUAUAUUCCAACCCAUGGUUUUCCAGAGAAGGUGAGAUCAGACAACGGCACUCAUUUCAGGAACCAAGAUCUGCAGAAAGUGGAGCAGCUGCUCGGACUGAAACAUUCAUUCGGUACAGUAUAUCAUCCGGAAUCACAAGGCAAAGUUGAGAGACUGAACCAAACUAUUAAACAAAAAUUGGCUAAAAUAUGUGCACAUACUAAAUUAAAUUGGGUAGAUGCUUUGCCUAUUGCCUUGAUGUCCGUCCGAAUGUCUAUUAACCAAUCAACAGGGUUCUCUCCAUAUGAGCUUCAGACGGGACGGAUGUUUCCAGGACCUGCAACCCGCAUUCCAGGAUGGAAAGGUGAACUUGCACAUUUAUCUCAUAAAGAUUUCUUUAAUGAGUUGCAGAUCCUGGCAGCGGAAUUUGUGAAAUAUCAGACGACACAGGAACGUCCCGGCUCACCACCCGUUCCGGGAAUUGACUGGGUGCGCCUUAAAGUCAUCAAAAGAAAGUGGUCUGAACCUCGUUUCACCGGACCAUACCGAGUCGUGGAGAGGACAUCUCACGCUGUCCGUCUGCAAGGGAAAGGAGACACCUGGUUUCAUUGGAGUCAGUGCACAGCAGCAGAGGAGCCACAGCGUGCCCUCCGAGAUGUACAAAAAGAUCUUCGGCUUCAAUCUUCGGACGAGGAGCAUCGCCAGGCACUUCCAGGAGGGAGUGUAGCAGGAGUUCCUGCCACGACCACUUCAAGUUCCUGAAAUUCGAGGUUUAAAAGGCUCAGACAGGCAUAAUAAUCCUGUUCCGAUGUCCUUUCAUUGAAAAAAGGAGAAUUCAUACUCUCCUUAAAAAACUCACUGUUAAAUUGGCAUAAUAAUCCAAUUUUCAGUGAGCAACGGCCGCUUAGGUGGAAACCUGAGGUUUCCAACCAAGGAGGAUCAGGCUACAAGAGGAUCAACACUAACUCAUUUUUAUUGCGUGUUUCCGUUUUUUUGCGAACUUUAAAAGAACUUUCGUUUUUGCGCGUAUUUUUAUCAUUUCCUGACGAAGACUUCAUAUUUGUUUUUGAGAGACUAUCAAAGAACAUUCAAAAAAAAAA